UGUACGGAAGAAAAUCUAUUGACUAUUGUAUAUAAAGACUGGACUGAACCAUUGGCUAUCGGCAGUGCUGGGUACCCGCGGCAGGAAUACACACAUACCCAUGCGGUUUCAUAUACGGAAUACCUUAGCCAACUGGCUAACUAGAGAUCGAGAAUUAUAUACCUACCUAUGUUUACAAAUAGUUUAAAGCAGGGAACUGUACUUCGGACCUUCAUAAGUUAUGUAAUAUCACACUUGGACUACGGAAUAUUACAAGUUUAUAUAUUAUAGUGUUGUCGUGCUUCAUAAGUCACUCUCACUCGGAUUUCUUAUCCUAAUAUUUUCACAAGAUCUGCCUUCCAUUAUAACCGUGUCACCAUGAAUCUAGAAAUGUUCAAUCAAAUCGCUUCGAUCACAGACUCUCUGUACUUAAGUAGUGCAGCGGCGGUCAAGCCGGACAGAAUUCGGACCGUGGGAAUUACUCACAUUAUAAACUGUACGUUGGAGAUUCCCAACCUGAACCUGCCUACCAUUGAAUCCAUCCAGAUACACGUGGAGGAUGCGCCCCACGCUCGACUCUGCGUUUAUUUCGAUAGGUGCGCAGAUAAAAUUAAUCAAGUCCGUCAUCGUGGCGGAAGGACAUUAGUACACUGUGUUGCAGGUGUGAGUCGGUCAGCUAGUCUUUGUAUCGCAUACCUCAUGAAAUACCAUAGGAUGAAAUUGUCAGAUGCUUACCAUCAUGUGAAGAAACGACGUCCUGUAAUUCGUCCAAAUGCAGGAUUCUGGAGACAGUUGAUUGACUAUGAGCAAAGGCUCUUUGGAAGAAACUCUGUCAGAAUGAUACAGUCUGGCAUCGGAUGGAUUCCGGACGUGUACAAGGAUGAAGCGAAGAAUAUGGUUUGGUUUCAAUCCCGUCGUUCCUAAUCUCGUCCCCUGGUUAUAUUUAUUGACCAAAACGAACUGUUUUAGUUUUUUGUUUUAUUUUUGUUGUGUUAUAUUGAGUUAUAUGUUUUAUGUAGUUAGUAAACACAAAAAAAAACUUAUGAGGAAACAAAAUCAUUUAUUGUCCAGCAAAACUCUUGGUUAACGUUCAGGGCAAGCAGUAUCACCACUAUAUACAUAUCAUAACAAAACACGAUAAGGUCUGGUGGAUUUUCCAUUUGAUAUUUAAUAUAAUAAAUUGCCAAAAUUGUGCAAUUCAAUAUUUUUUCUUCAUUUUUUUUGCAAACUGAAUUUGUCAUCGUACAGUUAAGUUAUUUAAAGAUAUCGGUUUCUUUAAUUUCUAUCACGCAAUUCACGCUAUGUUUAUCACUCUGGCGUAAACAGGAAUCAAAACUGUUCUGAUUUCGAAAUACGAAGAAUGUUAUUUUAUAUGAUACACAGAUCACAUUUUUAGAUUUAUAUUUCCUGACAUUUUUUUUACAAUAAACUACAGAUUGUAUUUCAACAAGUUGAUUUUUUUAUACUAAAAUAUUUAUUUUGUUACACAUGGUUGGAUUUAUCCUAGAUCCGUGCUCUCGCAGUACUCGUUUGUUACUGAUGGGGUUUUCCCUAUAUCUAUAAAUAUGUAACGAUAUGGCUAUUCGUUUGGCUGUUAGCUUUUUGAUAUGUUUCUUACUAUCUUUUUUUUCAAAGAAACUUAACAGGGCGAAGGACAGGAACUAGAAUGAAAUGUGUAAGAAUAUAGGAAAUUAUACAUGCAAUAUGCAUCAAGAUUUACUGUUAGUUCAAAGGUUAAAGUUAGGUUAGAGUAACUAUCAUCGUUCGUUGUGAAAUGAAAGGCUGGGUCUGUCAAUAUCAUUUCACGUAAUAUGCACGUUUUAAAUGUGAUAUUAGGCAAUCGUUCGAUCUUCUUGAGAUAUUUUAAGUUUUUUUUUGCGGGAAGUAGUCAUUCUUUCUAAAGAAGUUUAGUGUGAGUAUGAAAUAUAUAUAAACUUUACGUCACAUCGUUCAGCUACCUGCUGCUUCUGCUAUUUAUAUCUAUCUAUAGAAACUUGUUUUCCCUUUGUUUGGCUGGUUUAGUAUGUCACUAUUAAAAUAGUAACGACAUUAACAUUAAAACCUAAUUUCUGAGAAUAUUGAAUCUUUUUGUUUAACAGUUUAAAUCUUGUUCUCAUGUGUUGUGUUAAGAGAUUGGCACACUUUUAGAUAAAUGUUACAAUGCAUGCGCCUCCUACUUUCAAUCUUGCUUUUUGUUUGGUAUGCUAAGUGCUGUUCUCUAGAAGACAUCAAAUUGUUGGUAUGAUGUGUGGUCAAACCUGUUUAUUCUCGUUGUAAUGAUGUACAUAUGAUGUUCUCUUUGUAAUUAUGUAUAUAACCAUAAACGAGUUUAUACUUGUAUGUUAAUAUACAUAUUCUUUUAAGCAUGUUUUUUGUUUUUUUAUCAAGUGUAUUCUAAUCUUUAUCAGCUGUUCAAAUACAAAAUCAAAAUGAAAUAUCACAACAGUUAUAUAGAUGUCAGUAAUCUUACCAAACAGAACAAAUUGCAUUGCUAGCUAAUUCUACACCACACCUAUUCUGUGUAAAUCCUCAUGAUUGUCGUCAAAAAUGACCAGUGUUUGUACUUUCAGGAGCCUGAAAAGAAGGAACCAUGUAUACGAAAACAGAUACCUUUAACAAAAAAGGGGAAACGAAAGUAGUAGGUAGCUGUUUCUACUCUCUUGUACAAAGUCAUGGGGCAUUCAGCUUCGAAACAGUGGCGAUAAAUAGUCAACUUUACUUACGAUUCUGGAUGGGUGACCCUUCCAGCUGCAUCUGUUUUUCGAAUUUAUUGAUUUUUUCCAAACAGAAGUGAAAAGAUAUUUGUAAAUGAAAAAAUAGUUGACGUUCGCCAUUGUUUGGGCCGACUUUCCAUACAUUUCUUUUUGCCUGUGCAUUUUUACAAUCUUUGCAGUCCCUGGUCAGCAAGAGAAAUGUGGACCAGAUUUACAUGAUAUUCUGGCCAGUUUGGCAACCGCUAGACAUGCUGACAAUUCUGAAUAUAAUACAUUAUAAUUUCAUUUUUUUAACUAUAGAAGUUGUUGUGCGAUCGAUAAGGAUAGUCUCCAGACGUCACAUUCGUGUUAUAUUAUUAUUAUUAUGUUCAGUAGGUAUGUCCGACUGUGCAGUUAGAUCCCUACUACUUACAGGUGUAUUUACAAGACCAACAGAAAUUAUCUACAGUCAUUUUGUACGUAAUAACAGCAUGCUACCCAGCUACCCCGUGCUGCUUUGAGAGUCCCUGUCCCGCUUUGACAGUCCCCGUGCUGUUUUGACAGUCCUCGUGCUGUUUUUACAGUCCCCGUGCUGUUUUGAAAGUCCUCGUGCUGUUUUGACAGUCCUCGUGCUGUUUUGACAGUCCCCGUGCUGUUUUGACUGUGUUUGUCUGCUCAUUUGUCUUGCUCUUGUAUUCUUUAUUUUUCAUUUUAUUAUUAUUUUCUUUUUUUUUUUUUUUUGCUUUGCUUACUUCAUUGUUUUCAACAAGAGUGUUCAGUGUCCCAUCUGUGCUUCCUUUUUCAUUCAAAAGAAAAGCCUUACCUUCAAGCAGAUGUUUACAAACAGCAGUUAGGAAUUUGAAAAUUGAGAUAAAUUCGGAAUGUGCUCACUGUGCUGAUAUACGAUAAGAGUGCGAUGCCAAACUACGACUCUGAAAAGAUGUUGACUUUACUUAGAUAUAUAUAGAACGGCUUUAGGUUUGUGUGUUGUAAUAUAGAUUUUUAUGCUUGCCUCUUGCUUAUAUGUCGUGGAAAGAUACCUUUGUACCACAACAUAGUUAUCUAUUCUUUAUGCUCUUCCCCCAUGGUGCCAUCAUGAAGAGACAUCUAGUGUCGAAAUCGAAAAUUGACAAGAUAGAUAACUCUAGUCAUGUAACUGUGCCGGGAUUAAAAUCAGUAUUUUAGUGAUGUACAUUGUUUAUUUUUGCAUGAUUAGAACAACAUUACUGAUUUAUCUACCACAAUAGCAUUGUUAUGUUGUGUUUAUAUAUGUUUAGUUCCAUAUAUUAUAGAAACUUUUUGAACAAAAUAAAACAUGUUUCAAGAGUU